AUGUUUUUUUUUUUUUACUUUCAGACUAUAUGUGUGCACCUUAAUAUUAGAAAACAUAUUAUUCUGAUUUCAGCAUUAUUGUUUUCUUUUUCAAAACUAUCACUAAAGGUCUCAUUACGUCAUCGUGGCAGCCUACAACAUUUUUGUGCUGGGACACUCAUACAUCCGCAAUGGAUAUUGACAGCAGCUCACUGUUUAAUGUACACAAAGCAGCCCAAAGAACUGAUCAUACAAUAUGGUACCAAUCAACUAAAACCCGCUAAAACGAAAUUGAUGAAUAUCAGCGAAAUAAUACGACAUGAGGGAUAUAGUCACACCAUAGCAAUACAUGAUUUGGCGCUGUUGAAGUUGGAAAGCGCGAUCAUGUCUAAUGACGUCAAUCUCGUAACACUGGCUGCGGGAAAUCAAUGCUACGAAGCUUUCAAAACGAAGGCGCCGUUAUUGCUUAUCGGUUGGGGUCUAAAUGCGUUUGAUUUUUACCGUUAUUUUCAGACACACGGCACGCUGCAGCAGCAAUUGCAAAAGGUGGAACUAGAUUUACUCUCACGCGCUGAAUGCCGCCAGCGCACACAAGCACAGCUUUACAGCACAAAUAUAUGCGCUGUAGCACCCACCGGCACUCAGCAAGGACAGUGCAAUGGUGACUCUGGUGGACCACUGCUCAUGAAUAAGCAACAAAUUGGCAUCGUUUCGUGGAGUUUAAAGCCAUGUGGCGCUUAUCCUGGCGUAUUCACGAAUGUCGCUUGUUAUGAGCAGUGGAUAAGGGAUUGUAUUGGGUAG